GGCACAUCGGGCAGAGGCACAUCGGGCAGAGGCACACCGGGCAGAGGCACACCGGGCAGAGGCACACCGGGCAGAGGCACACCGGGCAGAGGCACAUCGGGCAGGACUCCGGGCAGAGGCACAUCGGGCAGGACUCCGGGCAGAGGCACAUCGGGCAGAGGCACAUCGGGCAGGACUCCGGGCAGAGGCACAUCGGGCAGGACUCCGGGCAGAGGCACAUCGGGCAGGACUCCGGGCAGAGGCACAUCGGGCAGGACUCCGGGCAGAGGCACAUCGGGCAGGACUCCGGGCAGAGGCACAUCGGGCAGGACUCCGGGCAGAGGCACAUCGGCAGGACUCCGGGCAGAGGCACAUCGGGCAGGACUCCGGGCAGAGGCACAUCGGAUUACCAGGCGAAGCAGCAGGCAGCGGGCCACCAGGCGGAGCAGCAGGCACCGGGCCCCCGGGCAUCAGGUCAUUUGGCUCGACAGCAAGCACCGCGUCAUCUGGCAAGGCAGUGGGCUCCGAGUCAACUGGUAUGACCGCGGGCACUGGGUCAGACAUUGGAUCGUCUGGCUGGAUAGCGGGCACUGGGUCACCAGGCAUCAGGUCAUUUGGCUCGACAGCGGGCACCGCGUCAUCUGGCAAGGCAGUGGGCUCCGAGUCAACAGG